AAAAAUAAAUUAAUUAAUAAAAUGCACAGCACAAACUCAAUACGCUAAACAUCUAUUAUGUUUUAAAUAAACUCAAUAGCUACAUUUUGAUAAAAUGAUGGGAAACUGUCUCCUUUAAACAGCCUGGUGGGUCAAUUGGUCUCAUAUUUAACCUUUUUCUUCUGUAUUUUAAAGCCUGUUAAUUGUCUCCAUUAUCAAUAAAAUAUAACACUAUUUAUUGAACAACUUUUACCUUGUAUUGCUGUUGCCUUUACGUUUAGUUUUCAUGCUCAAAAUGGAGAUCAUUAUGUUGUAAUGUUGAGACUGAAAUAAACAUCCAGAUCAUAUUUUAUACUACAAAGAUGCUGCCUAUGACAAUUGAUUUCAUACUAUACAAUCCCAUCAUAAAUCAGACUUUCACAGCACUACAUUUGCAAUAGAUCUUUGAUAAAAGAAAGCUACAGAGUCUCUCAGCAAACUGAAGUACAUGAACUGUAACGCCGAGGCCAUUGUUGAGGUCACCUUACUGUCUAUUGUGUACAGACUAAAUUAGUUUUUCACCAAUAAAAUCAUUUCCUACACAUCUUUGUUGUGUUCAGCACUGUGAAGUUGCUCUGCUUUUCUUCAUCACAGGCCAACAGGACUGAAGGAGUUUGUGAUCAGAUGGUUGACAGCGAUGCCAGGGCUCUGUACGAGGCCGGGGAGGGGAGAAAGGGCAAUAAUUCCUCCGUCUUCAUUGAGAUCCUCACCAACAGGAGUGCCCCUCAUCUCCGUAAAGUGUUCGAAAGGUACUCAAAGUACAGCAAAGUGGACAUGGCCAAAGUUAUCGAUCUGGAGAUGAAGGGAGAUAUUGAAAGUUGUCUCACAGCAGUAGUAAAGUGUGCUGGAAGCCGGCCUGCGUUCUUUGCCGAGAAGCUAAACUUGGCCAUGAAGGGUAAAGGUACCCGCAAAAAUAUCCUGACACGCAUCAUGGUGAGCCGCUCUGAAAUUGACAUGAAACGGAUCAAGGAUGAGUACAAGAAAAACUAUGGCACAACACUCUACAGGGAUAUUCUGGAUGACACUAAAGGAGACUAUGAGAAGAUUCUGCUCGCUCUCUGUGGGAGUGAAAACUAAUAGCCGAUCAAUGGGAUCAAGGCUCAUACAACUGAAGAGCCAGCAGCCAGCAGAGCUGUGGAAAAUCACCUAUAAUUUUUUGACACAUAUUGUGCACUAUAUGCUCUUGUGGAAAACUGACAAGACUCUCCUCCUUUCUGUCAUGAUAUUUAGAAGAUAUUAACAGCAAUGCGCAAAGAUUAACAUGGAAUUGGUGGAUAUCUCAGUAUAGAUCUGACAGCAGUAUGCGGAACCUAUGCUUUGGGUCAGACUUGGCUUUUCACUAAUUGGGUUCUUAUUUCUGGUGUUGGUAGAGAAGCUGAAGUCCUUGAUCACAGUGCCGCUAACAGAUGUAUACAGAUCUCUAUGUGCCAAUCAUAUUCAGCAGCAGUGAGCCUUACCCUUGAAGGUGCUUGGACAAUUUGCAAAUAAAAGCUUUUGUAUGAAAGCC